GAAGAACCUGGAGGAGAUGGAGACGGUAGGUGAAUGACGCUGAGGGCAAAUAUGUAUCUGCUCCUCUACUCACUGUAGACUGUAAGCCAUGCUGACUUAUUCUGUUUCUUUUCCCUUUUUUUAUGUGUUUGUGAGACAAAGACAGAGAGAUUAGGAGACGGGGAGGUGUGUGAAGGAGGAAUGCAGAGUGACAGCAGCGAGGAGGGAAGGAAGAGGAGCAAGCACAAGUGGAAAAGGCGGAGCCGAUAAUGACAAUGAAGCGACUGACCAGUACCCAAGACAUGCCAGGAAAAGAAAUGUCCCCCUUCAAUAUCGCAUUCAUCUUCCAGCUUCUUACUUGUAUGUCCUGGCUGACUCAACUCUGCAGAAUGUUCUCAUUUCCCCUCUUGGACCACACAAACCUGUUAGUCUGGCUGAGUAUCAGAAACCGUCUCACAACCAAACAGCUCUGUGUGUCCAUCUGUGCCCUGUCUCCAUUUUCAUCUCCGUCUCUCAUACACAGUCAUACACUUUCCGUCAUGACCUCUGGAAUUAAAAGCUGGUUCAUUAUGAAGAAAACAUAGAUAAUCAUAAUACAUCUCAAUUGCACAUUUCAUCUGUGGAGUGACCACCACUUGAGCGGCUGCUGGUUGCUGAUUGAGGUUUGCUCAGAUGUAUGAUCUUCAUGAUAUAAUGCGUUUAUUGUCAUUGUAGUGUACAUACAGUACUCUGCUGCGUCCAAUAAGGCUCCAAACAGAGUUCCAAACAACAACAACAAACAACAAACAACAAACUGGUCAAUAAACAUAAAUGCUGUCAUGAACGUUAUGGUCAGCUCAACCUUCAGACUUCACCAUACACGCCCUGCUGCUCAGGAGAAAAAAUAAUAAUAAUGCAAAUAAAAUACUCCUACAACGUGUUUCUGACAUUAAACUAGAAACAGAGAAUCUCCAUCGCACCAUUUCACGUGUGUCUUUUAUGAGAAUAAAAGAGUGGUGUUGCACACUGUAUGCGGUGGUCUAUGAGAGGAGUCACUCAGAAAGUUCUUCUGGGCUUCGCUCUGUAGCCAACACAGCACUGAUUGCAUUUUAUAUCUGAAUCUUUGGAGGCUGGUUUGCUUUCUUUACCAGGGUUAGAGUUGGCAGAGAUCUGUGUUUACACCAGCUGUCAGUUAUGUUCUUUGACACACACUGCCUCCCUGUGGAAUAUAUCUGUAACUGGAGAGGUUAGAACAGUAAAUCACUUUACUCUGUUACUUAUUUCUGAGAUACAAAAACAUUGUUUUUUCUAGUAACCACAUCUUUAAGGGUAGAUGACAUAGGAUGGCCAAAGAAAUAGGGAUUUCUUGUACAAAUAUGAUGCAAAAUAUCAAAUUGUAUUCUAUUUUUAAAACUGAGCUCUCUGUGUUAUGUCUUGUGUGUUAAUCCACAGCACUCGACCAGAGUGGGGCAUUGUGGCCAUGCUCAGUUUAUUAUAUAUUAGUCCUUCUCCUCUUCCUCCUUCAGUUACAGGUGCCCAUUCAUCCAUCCAUCCAUCUUCUACCGCUUCAUCCUCCACAUGAGGGUCACAGGGUGCACCGGAGGCAAUCCCACCUGACAUAGGGUGAAAGUCGGGGUUACAUGUCAUGUUGUGAGUCCGUCAUCGGCAAACACAACCAUUCACUCUCACGUUCUCUCCCCCGGAGAAAAUACAAGCACACACGGGGAGAACAUGCAAACUCCUCACAGAAAGGCCCAAACUGAGAUGUGAACCUUCUUGCUGUAAAGCAACAGUUUUAGCUACAUGCUCCACCAUUUGGCCCCAACUCUGGCCAUUCUAUCCUAAAGAACAACACACAACAAACUAGAGGUUAAGAGAUUAAUAAAAAAGCAACACGCAUUCAAUGUUUACCACUUCAUUCUCCACAUGAGGGUCGCAGUACACUAGAGCCAAUCCCACCUUGACUUUGGACCACCAAAAUCUUCAGUUCAUCUGAAAGUUUGUACCGAAUUUGAAAGGAUUCUUUGGAAAUGUUUGUAGGAAAGAGCAGUCACAAGACCCAUUAUGGUUCUUAUAAGGUGACAGUGACCUUAACCUUUAAUCUUUAACCACUGAGUCCAAUUUACUUGAGAAGAAUGGUGGAAAUCAAGAACUUUGAAGUGUGAUUAAGCACUUCAAACUGUGGAGGGCAGCAUUACACCUCUCAGUGUACACAGCAUGCCAGAAAUUAUUAUUACUUAAGCAUUUGUUUGCCACAUGUAAUGACAUUUCCUUCAGGUUUUACUGAUUUGCAGUCACAAUAUCAAUUUUGAGAUUUACACCUAAUGUUUACUCAUCCUAAUGUCAUAAUCUCUAUUCUUAACCUUCAUCUCAAGUUGAUGUAAACACUUACUGACGCUAGUCUGCGCUGUGGGCCUAAUAAAGGAUAGACCAACUUAUCUGUGAUGGACAAUUGUCACUCUGACCUGAGCUCUGUCAGGUUCUCGUCUAGAAUGUGGAACCACUGGCGCUCCAGGCUGUAUGUAAAUAUAUGAUAUGUGUGUGUGUGUGUGUGUGCAUGUUUUUUUAUACAAUUUUUUGUGUUCUGUUGGUGCUAUGGACCGCUCACUUUUUGUGUCCCUAAUAUUGAAUUAUUGAAAUAUUGAAUUGUCAUCAAAACAAGCUGCUUUAUUUUAAUUUAAGGAAAUGAUAAUUGUCACGGUGGUUUGUACAGAGUUGAACAUGAUGGUUUCCAAUGGCAGUUCUUAUAGUUCGGAGGUGAGGUGAGUGGAGUCUCUGUGUUUCUCCAAUUGUUAAAAAGUCCCAAAUCCUUCACCCAGUUCAAAGAUACCCAUUAAGAUUAGCUUUUAAAAUAUGUAUCGAAUGAAAAGUGUUGUUAAAGCAGAUAAAAGUGACUUCUCUGGGAGAGCAAAAACAAGUGUUGCUCAACAUUAGCAUGCUAGCCUAGUUAAUAUGACUGCUGUGACCUAUUAGUGAUAAAAAAGUUGACCAACCCAACGCCAGAAACCCACAGAAAGGUGAGGUUUUCCAACACAUGUUGUCGGCUAGCAGUGUUCUUUUAUCGGCAGUAGCUCUUAGCUUAGUUUGGUUGUCUUUGUGCAAUUACGUGAUGACGUCAUUCACGUUUUCAGCCAAUGAGGGACGUGCGCACAUUAAAGGCAACAAAGGCACAUUAAAUGGAACGUUGGGAGUAGUUAGCUCUAAUGACUUCAGUCUGCAAAUAAACAGCCAACUAAAAAAGCAGGAGAAAUCAGCAACUUGCCACUGUAUCAGAAAUACAGUGGCACAGAGUCAAAUAUGGAUUUACUUACUGAACUGGAACAGUUGGAGGAAGCCAUGACACAAGGGCCAGACCCUUUCCAAGUGAUGAUGGAUGAUCUGCUGACAGAGACAGGAGAACCUGUACCUGUCCUUGCUGUGAAGUGUGAGUCCAACAUACCAGACUGUAACCUGGUAAAUGUGGAGGAACUUCUGAGAGAGACAAUCAACCAGCUUCUUGUCAAUAAAGAGGGCAGUGACCCCCACAGACUGGACCCUCUUCAGGAUAUUGUGGAUGAACUGCUGGCAGAGAUGGAUGAACCUCUACCCGUCCGUGUUGUGAAGUGUGACUCCAACAGACCAGACCCUCUCCUGUUGAAGAUGGAGGCCCUGGUGACAGAAACGGUAAAGAGUCCACAUGUCAGUGAGACAGUUGACCCAUUACCUGUCUCCAAAGAGCCAAAAUGUGACCCCCGGCAUCUGCCUUCUCCUCCACCCACUGUCCCUGCAUUGGUUGACCUACAUCCUCAAGCCUUUUCUCCUAACCUCCUCUGUCAAGAGAAACAGGGACGGAACAGCAAUGUUUCUUCUAUGCCCUCUCGUUACAUUCAAAAGAACCUAGUUCCUGUAGGAAUAGUGAAUGGAGAGGCGGUGUAUGCACUUCCACCAGAGGCCUUCACGGCUGCCUUCUUCCCUGCUGCUCCUCCUCUGAUGACCCCGACAUCCCAGAAAAACGAAGGGCAGUCUUACAUAAAGAAGCCACCAAACGCAUUCAUGCUCUUUAGGCAUGAGCAAAGAUCAAAGGUCAUUACGGAGCUAAAUGUCAGGAACUGUGCACACGUGAACACUGAGCUUGGGAAGAGAUGGACACGUCUGCCUGAACAGCAAAGACUCCAUUACUUCAAGGAGGCAGACAGACUUCAGCGUGUCCACCAGCAGCUGUACCCUAAGUGGUCAACAAGGUUUAAUUAUGGCAAAAAGAAAAGGAGGGUUAUGGGGAAGUGUCUCACACCUGCCUAACCUCACUGCCUUGACCUGCUGUACCUAUGCUGUCAAAUCUUCUGUAAAAUGUCUU